UCUCGUGUUCAAAUUCGAUAUUUUGAAAGCCCUAUACGUGAGCCUGGGCCUCAUUGACCCGGCCUGUUAAUGUUAUAAGCCUACUCAACAGUCGUAAAUUCAUCGUCUUCCAAGUUUCGUCCACUUCUCGAAACCCUAACUCAAUCACCAGAAUCGAAACUUGAUGGAGGGACUUGGAAGCGAGGGCGGAGCAGCGGCGGCGCCACUGGCCCAAUGGCGGAGCGAUUUUGCGAGAGCAUUCCAGUACUAUUUGGAUCGGUCAACGCCUCACACUGUGAAUAGGUGGCUAGGAACCCUAGUUGUGGCAAUGAUUUACAUUCUGCGUGUGUACUAUGUUCAGGGGUUCUAUGUUGUCUCCUAUGGUCUGGGGAUCUACAUCUUGAAUCUCUUGAUCGGUUUCUUCUCCCCGAAGGUUGAUCCGGAGCUUGAGUCCUUGGAUGGCGCUUCAUUGCCAACAAGUGGUUCUGAUGAGUUUAAGCCUUUUGUCCGCCGCCUUCCUGAGUUUAAGUUCUGGUAUUCCAUCACAAAGGCAUUUGUUAUUGCAUUCAUCAUGACCUUUAUUUCUCUGCUGGAUGUACCCGUUUUCUGGCCAAUACUGCUAUGCUACUGGAUUGUUCUGUUUGUCCUCACAAUGAAACGACAAAUCCUACACAUGAUCAAAUACAAAUAUGUCCCGUUUGAUAUCGGAAAGAGGCGGUACUCUGGAAAGAAGUAGAGUCUGAAUGGGAGCGGUUUAUCUACAAAUCCAAAAACUAAAAUGGUGCUGAUUUGUAGAACCUUGUGCUAAAGCAAAAUGAUAAAUUUGGGUUCUUCAGUAUGUUUUGAAGGUAAUGUUCAUUCAAUAUAUUUGUACAUGUGCUAGACUCUCUAGUUUAGAAGAAGUGGAUGACAGGUCUUGUCAGGAUGCCCUGAUAGUUAAUCUUCCAUAGGCCUUAUCAGGGUUGGAGGUGCACUGCUUUCCGUCAAACAUUGCCUAUCAGAUUAAAUUAGACAUUGUUGAAACAGCAUUAGACCUGGUGCCACGGCUAACAGCUGUCUAUGUUGUAGUGUUUUUGUGUGCGUGUUGGGGGCAUUGAUUGACCCAUUGUGUUUGAUGCAAGCAAGGCAUGAUAAGAUGUUUCAUGUUCAGGUGGGUGUGUUUUCAUUCUCGCAUGCAUAAAUAAUGUUCACUUGCUUUUC